GGUGGGCAACUACAUCACUCAGGUUCUUGCUUAUGCCGACGUUGGGGGAUACGAUGGUCAGAGCAUCUGUCAUACGUUCUUAAGCCUGUGUCCUGCGCCGCCUACUUUACCUCUUAACCUGACCGAGUGGUUCUCCAAACCAAAACCCGAUCCACUUCCUGCACCAAAAACGCCGAGUGGUGAACGUCUCAAGGUUCUUCAUGUUUCUGAUCUCCAUAUUGACCCCAGAUACUCCACGGGAUCAGAGGCUAAUUGCAGCGACUAUCUAUGCUGCCGCACCAAUAUGUAUAAUGACGAGAGCCCUGAACAUGUCCUUGUCCCUGCUCCAAGAUAUGGUGCCUAUUUCUGUGAUGCGCCCUAUUCACUGAUUACAUCUGCUUUUGAGGCUAUUCCUCAUCUCGCGGGCACAGAAGAGGAAGGGUUUGCAUGGACAAUCUUCACAGGCGAUUUAGUCUCUCAUGACAAUGCAAAUGAGCUGUCAAGAGCUUAUGUGAAGUAUUCAGAGGUGGUCCUCUACGGUUUGUUGAAACAUUAUUUUGGACCCAGUCCUGUCUACCCCACCCUUGGCAAUCACGACACAUACAGCGAGGCUAUGACGUCCCCUGAUUCUAUGGGCGGAAUACUGGGGUCGCAGUUCAACUGGAACUUUGAUGAAGUAUCUGCACUUUGGGAAUAUGAGGGCUGGCUUCCAGAUAACAUAACCGCAUUUGCGCGGACUCACUACGGCGCGUAUUCGGUCAAGAGAUCGGACGGUUUGAGAGUUAUAUCGUUGGACACCAAUUUCUGGUACACGGGAAAUUAUUUCAAUUUCUUUAACAUGACAAACCCGGAUGCUUCGGGUAUUUUAAGGUAUCUCACUGACGAGCUACAGGACGCCGAGGAUGUCGGAGAUCGAGGUGAAAUUCUUAUAUGUUGGCAGCGUUUUGAUCGGGAAGCUCAAUGCUUUAUUUGAACACAAAGUUUGGAUCAUCGGACACGUGUUGAGUGGAUGGGACACCACUGAAGCAACAUAUAAUCCAACCAAUCUAUUUUAUCAAAUGUACGCCAUUAGAGUUUCUUCCCUGUACUAACCUAAGCUUGUUGGCUUUGUCCCAGUGUUGAUCGAUUCUCGCCCCAUGUCAUUGCGAAUGUCUUCUUUGGCCACACACAUGAAGACCAGCUGAUGAUCUUCUACGCAAACAACGGCACUGUCAUGAGUGCCGACACAGCACUUGCUACGGCUUGGAUUUGCCCAUCUGUCACCCCUCUAACAAACCUGAACUCGGGUUUCCGAGUUUACGAAGUAGAUUCCGCUACGUUCGAUAUUGUUGAUGCAUACACGUGGAAGAGUUCUGUUAAUGAAUUCCCUGAGCUUGAUUCCCAAACCGAGUAUGGCCCUACUUAUGAAUUCGAAUAUAGCACUCGUGAGGCCUAUGGAGGCAGUAUCGCAUGGGGGGAAAGCGAUCCCUUGAAUGCGACCUGGUGGCAUCUCGUAACUGAAGCUAUGGAACAAAACUCUACACUGAUACAGACGUUCAACACCUAUCAAGGAAAGAGCUCGGCCGAAACAGCACCCUGUACUGGGGAAUGCCUGCCAGCUAAGAUAUGCUAUCUUAGGAGCGCUUCUUCGAGUAUAUCUGCAGAGAACUGCAACCAAGGUUAUACAUCGGUGCAGUGAAGGUGGGUUGUGUGGUGUAGGUUUAUUCAUCGUGUGUUGUCUGCGAGAAUAGAAUGUGAAUGGUCUUCUUGUUAUGUAAAGAAAUGAUAGUCAAAAUGCUUGCUGUGACCCACGUUGAGACUCGUGCGAGAACGUCAAACGGAACUAUCCAACCAUCCAAUUUUACUGUCCCAGGUGCUUUUCCGACUUCCGUCUUUUCCGAGUACUACAAUUCGCCCACUGCAACGUCAGCGCAAGCUCAGCCAGUCAUUUCCGAUCCCAUAACACAUAAAACAUUCCCUUUCUCGUUGACAGACCCCAGUAAUUUCCAGGAGAAUGAUACCACAGACCCUCACCCUCUGCCUCCGCCAGCUACACCCUCUACAUUGCUCGAACAGGCUGUCAUUCAGGUAAAAUCUAUUGCUUCAAACCCAACAUUCGGCAACAACAGUUGCGCUCGAUGUCAAGCUGCGUUAGAAGUAGCCAAAUUCCUCGCUCUUGCAGUACCAGACCAAGGCCCCGAAUUCGCUGUGCAACUUUGCGAGUAUUUUAAUUAUUCGUCGACCUGCUCGGUGACCUACGGGAAAUACGCUCUUGGUCCAAUUCUGACACAGGUAAUCGCCAGUGCCGAUGUGGGAGGGUAUGAUGGACAGCUGCUUUGCUCGAAAGACCUUGGCCUAUGUCCAGCACCGUGGACCUCUCCUCUGAAUCUCACAGGUUGGUUCGCCAAACCAAAGCCCAAUCCUCUACCUCCUCCAAUACAACCGAGUGGCGAGCGCAUCAAAGUGCUACACAUUUCUGAUUUCCAUCUGGACGCCCAGUAUGCAACAGGCUACGAAGCUAAUUGCACAUCUGGCAGUUGCUGUCGCGAAAACAACUUCAACGUGCAGAGUCCGAAUGCGUCUAUUUUCCCUGCACCUCGUUUUGGGGCAUUCCUUUGCGAUGCACCAAUUUCCUUGAUUGUAUCCGCGUUACAGGCUAUACCUGCUGUCGCAGGUACGGCGGAAGAUCCUCUCGCAUUUACAUUGUUCACCGGUGAUAUGCUUACCCAUGACAAUGAGAAUCAGCUUUCGAGAGCUUACGUGGAAUACUCGGAGGUGAUUCUUUUCGACUUGUUCAAACAAUUCCUCGGCCCCGGGCCAGUCUAUGUUACACUUGGUAACCAUGAUAGUUACAAUAUGGGUCAAGCAGCACCAUAUUCUAUGGGCGGCGAGUUGGCCCAGCAAUACGACUGGCUUUACGAUCAUGUAUCAGCCCUGUGGAAACAUCAACAUUGGCUUCCGCAGUCUGCUGUCGAACUAGCCCGUGCGCAUUAUGCAGCAUACAUGGUCAAACGUACAGAUGGACUCAGGAUUAUUUCCAUGAACACCAAUCUAUGGUAUGAAGAGAACUACUUCAACUUUGUCAACGCAACCAAUCCAGACGUAUCUGGAAUGAUGAGGUUCUUGACAGAUGAAUUACAAGAUGCAGAGGAUGCAGGCGACCGUGUCUGGAUAAUUGGUCAUGUUAUCAGUGGAUGGGACGGCACCAACCCUCUUUUAAACCCAACUAAUCUUUUCUACCAAAUUGUUGAUCGAUUCUCUCCUCACGUCAUUGCUAAUAUUUUCUGGGGGCAUACCCACGAGGACCAGUUUUCGGUUAGCAUUCUUCAGCGCUACUCAAAGAAAACCAUACUUUUAUACUCUUCUGUUAUCUGCCAGAUUUAUUAUACUAACAACGGUACGGUGAUGAAUACCGAUACUGCACAAACGAUGGCAUGGAUUGGGCCCUCGGUCACACCUCUGACCAACUUGAACUCGGGGUUCCGUGUUUACGAAGUAGACUCGGCGACUUUCGAAGUCGUUGACGCCCAUACCUGGAUGAGUUCUGUGGAUCUCUUCCCCGAGCUCGACUCCCAGACGGAGUAUGGCCCGACAUAUCAGUACGAGUACAACACUCGUGAGACUUAUGGAACCAAUAUAACAUGGGGUGAAAACGACCCUUUGAAUGCGACUUGGUGGCAUCUUGUCACUGAAGAGAUGGAGAGUAAUCCGUCCCUCGUGCAGACCUUCACCCACUAUCAAGGCAAGAGUUCCAUUCGCAGUCCUGCCUGUGAUGGGGACUGUAUACCUGCGAAGAUCUGUUAUAUGCGAAGUGGUUCGGCCAGCAUUGCGCAGCAGAAUUGUAUUCAAGGUUACGGUUCUGUGCAGUAAAGUGGAGCAUCAAAAUAACAAAUCGACAGCAAUAUUUCUUCUGGAUUUCCAUGGUUUGAUAGUAGAUGGAAUAGUAACAAAUAGAUUGUGUUGCGGCUAAUAGGCAGUUGUUUUCAUUUGCUUUAAUCCAUAUUCGUCAAAUCAAGCUUUA